CUCCAGCAGGGAGGAUGAAACAGUCAGACAGAGGAGGAGAGGUGACCGACAAGGACGGAACACUCACCACGGCAACCAGUCCUGAGAAUGGCCUCUCUGGAAUCCUGAGGCUCCUCCUGCAGGAACUGAGUCUUUUCUAUAGUCGAGAUGUGAAUGGCUUGUGUCUCUUAUAUGACCUCCUCCACUCCCCAUGGCUGCAGGCUCUUUUAAAGGUCUAUGACUGUCUCCAGAAGUUUAAAGAAAGGAAACCAGUUCCUGCGACAACUCAUGCGCAGAUCUUAUGCUGUGAGGUCUUGGAGCUACUGCCCAAGGCCUCCAGUUCUCCUGAGAUCCAAGAGCUAAGACAAGUCCUCCAGGCUCCACACUGCAAGGCUUUGCUCAGUGCCCAUGAUACAGUAGCUCAGAAGGAUUUUGAACCCCUUCUCCCCCCACUGCCGGACAAUAUCCCCGACAGUGAAGAAGCAAUGAGGAUUGUUUGUUUAGUGAAAAACCACCAGCCCCUGGGAGCUACCAUCAAGCGCCAUGAGAUAACAGGGGAUAUCCUGGUGGCCAGGGUCAUCCAUGGCGGGCUGGUGGAGAGGAGUGGGUUGCUGUACGCUGGAGACAAGCUGGUGGAAGUUAAUGGUAUCUCAGUGGAGGGCCUGGACCCUGAGCAAGUGAUCCAUAUUCUGGCUAUGUCUUGUGGUACAAUCAUGUUCAAGGUGGUUCCAGUGUCUGCCCCACCUGUGAGCAGCCAGAAGAUGGUUCAUGUUCGUGCCAUGAUUGAUUACUGGCCCCAGGAAGAUCCUGACAUCCCCUGCAUGGAGGCUGGAUUGCCUUUUCUGAAAGGAGACAUUCUGCAGAUUGUGGACCAGAACGAUGCCCUCUGGUGGCAGGCCCGGAAAAUCUCAGACCUUGCCAUCUGUGCCGGGCUAAUCCCUUCUAACCACCUCUUGAAGAGGAAGCAGCGGGAAUUCUGGUGGUCUCAGCCGUACCAACCUCACACCUGCCUCAAAUCCACCCGAUCAUUUUCUAUGGAAGAAGAAGAUAACAUGAAGAUUGAUGAGAAGUGUGUGGAAGCAGAUGAAGAAACUUUUGAAUCUGAGGAACUUGCAGAAGCUAAAGAGGAGUUUGUUGGCAAUGGACAGAAGUUCUAUAUCGCUGGUUUCCGCCGCAGCAUGCGCCUCUGCCGCAGGAAGUCUCACUUCAGCCGGCUGCAUGCCAACAUGGGUUGCUCCUGCAGCUGCUUCAGUGCAGUAGGUGCCCCUUAUGAGGAGGUGGUGAGGUACCAGCGGCAGCCAGCAGACAAGCACCGCCUCAUAGUGCUCGUGGGACCUUCUGGCGUUGGAGUCAAUGAACUGAGGCGACAACUCAUUGGGCAUAAUCCCAGCUGUUUCCAAAGUGCUGUGCCACAUACCACCCGUUCUCCAAAGAGCUAUGAAAUGGAUGGACGUGAGUAUCACUACGUGUCAAAGGAAACAUUUGAAAGCCUCAUGUAUGGACACAGGAUGCUGGAGUAUGGGGAGUACAAAGGCCACCUGUAUGGAACUAGUGUGAGUGCUGUGCAUGCUGUCCUUGAUGAAGGGAAGAUCUGUGUCAUGGAUUUGGAGCCUCAGGAUAUUCAAUUGGCUAGAACCCAUGAACUGAAGCCCUAUGUCAUAUUUAUCAAGCCACCUAACAUGAGUUACAUGAAACAGUCUCGGAAAAAUGCUAAGAUUAUUACUGACUACUUUGUGGACAUGAAAUUCAAGGAUGAAGACCUACAAGAGAUGGAGGAUUUAGCCCAAAAAAUGGAGAGUCAGUUUGGUCAGUUUUUUGAUCAUGUGAUUGUGAAUGACAACUUACAGGAUGCGUGUGCCCAGCUGUUGUCUGCCAUACAGAAGGCCCAGGAAGAACUGCAGUGGGUACCAGAAGCAUGGAUAUCUCCUGGCACUGAGUCUUAA